AUGCAAUUUAGUUUAUAAAAAAAAGUAAUUUAUAUUUAUUUGUAUUACGAGUAUUAUAAAAAAUAUUAAAAGAAAAAAAAUCAAAAAACAAAUUAAGAAAGAAAGAAAGAAAAAACAAUUAAUAAAAUAAGUUCUAUCAAAUAAAAGUUAGAAAAAUAAAUCAAGGAAAAAAUGAUAUAAAAUUAAUAAUCCUUGAAUGAGGUAAUUGAGAUGCAAGAACAAAUCCAAGAAACUGGAGAAAUAAUGGUUUAUCUGACCUCAGUUUAGUAAUAGAAAGAUAUCAGCUAAAUCAACAAGUAAUUCUAAGGGACUUUGAUGAAUAAAGUUAUUCCAAGGGAUCUUUAUGAAUUCUUUCAUUCUAAAGUAAAGAUGGAGAAAGAACGCUACGAAAAAGAAAUAUAUUAGAUUAACGAUGCUAAAACUGAGAAAACUAAGUACAUGUAAACUCUAUCUGUUAUUUACAAACUACUAUAAUAAUACAAUUUGGGUAGAGAGUAUAUCGAUUUUCUCAUGAAUUUCAUCAAUAAGAGACCAGAUUACACCAAAGUGAAUGCUGUGACUCUCAUGUAUAGAAUGCGUUUAACUGGCAUUAUAAUGCUUGAGCAUUAUUUAAAAUACAAAAAUGGAAACAUAAACCUAUACGAUUUCAACAACGUAUGGAAUAGCCUGUACUCUAAGAUUGUAGAAUUUAAUAGAAAGCACUAAUAGUAAAAGAUUAAUUUUGCUGAGCAGACAUCAGUGGUUAAACGUUGUGAGAGUGUAAUAAAAUAAUAUAUUGAAGAAUAAAAAUAGUUUGAGGAAUCUCAAAAUAAUCACUCGAUCUCUUACAAAAUGCAUCUUAAACCAACUGGGCUAAAAAUAAACCUAUAAGACUCAUCUGAAUAAAAGUUAUCUCCAAAUUAAUCUCUCUAGAUGAUCGUGAAGAGCAAUUCAUAAGGUCAGUAGGAACUUAUAGAAAAUAAAUUAAUAUAAUCAAGUAUCGUUGGACAGAAUAAAUCUCAGAUUCCUUUAAAAAGCUCUAUGUAAAUGGAUUUGAUGGUUGAAUCGACGCCUAUGGAAGCGAGCAGCAGAGUUUAACAAUAAUUUUCUAAUUAUGAUAGCUAGAAAGAAGUAAGAUAAAAUUACCUCAAAGAAAUGCAAAAUAUUAACAAUGAUAUUGAGCAAGAAGUAUCCAUCUUAAUAAAAGUCCACUACAUGCAUCAUCUAAAUAUAACUAUACCUACCAAAGUAGUUGAUUUUAUGGAUUAAUCGAAGAAAGAAGCAUAUUUACAAGUCUUCUAUGAAUGGAGGAAAAAUAUCAACAAGAAGAUAGAAGAAAUAAGUAGAAAUAUGACCAUGAUAAGAAAUAUGCAAACUCAACUUUAUGAGAUAUAUAAUUCGCAUCCUCAUACUAUAUCUUAGCACAAACAAAAAAAUUAAAAGUCAUAUUUAGAAUAAUGCAAAAAGUUAGAAAUUUCAUUCCCCUUUCUUCUAGAAAAAUUAGAAUAAUAUUUGAAAUAAGUAUAAUAAUAUGUUAACCAUUAUGAUUAGUGCUUUUCUAACAGAUUACAAGUAACAUAUCAUUCUGACUCUACGCCUGUAACAGUUGAUUAUUAAAGCUAAAAGAUUACUAAUGUUGAGCUGGUUUAAGAGAGUGUAGAUGAAAAUGAGACAGGAAUUUCAUUAGAAGAAACGAAAGAAAUGAGUUAUCUUCAUGAUUUGGCCUCCUAAUCUAAUAAAAGUAAGUAAGCAAGUGGAAGCACUCAUAACUUAAAUCCAACUGAAAUUAUGAUGACUCGCAACAAAUCUAAGUAAAUAAAAACUAACUCUACGCUUGAUGUCAAUGAAAGCAAUCUAAUUAAUUCUACAAAAAUAGAGUCAAAUUCUUAAAUUCUAAAAUCCAAACAUAGUUAAGAGCUAGAAAAAAACAAGAGCGCUCUUUUAAAUAACUCUACUCUUGCAUAAACGAUAGUGCCAGACCCCUAUCAGAACGCAAAAUCUCAAUAUAAUUAAAAAAUAAAAGCCAACUCUUCAUAAGAUAGUUUGAAGAAUGCUAUCAAAGGAGAUAUGAAAUAAAUUCCUUUUAACCAGUCAUCAAAAAAUUCAAUUAUCGAUAAUUCGAAAUAUCCCUUUGAAUUUAAUAAUAAUCUAAAAAAUAUAUUUCAGCAAGAAAGAUUAUUAAAUUUAACAAACAAUUUAAUUAAUGAGUCAAAAUCCAAAUUUAACAAUGAUCAACAUAGCCAAGAAAAAGGCAUUAUUAUAAAGUCUGAUUAUUAAGAUAUGUAAGAUAAAUUAAAAUAAUAUCACUAUUAGUUAAAGUAGUUGAAUGAAAGAUAUAGCAUACACUUAUAGGAAUUUGAAGAUAUUAUUCAUCAUUUAAAAACCUACUUAUACGCUCACUGCUUUAAACAGUAGCAAAACCCUUUUUUAGAAGUCCAAAAUGCUACAGCUUCUUAAAUUAAAAAAUGUACUAAUUUUUUAGAAGCUAAUUAGAAUUUUUAAAAAUAAAUUGAUUUUAUAGAAGAUUAAUUUCUCCAUUUUCCUAGCGAGGACAAUUUAAACGCUGAGUGUUAUGAAGUCCUCAGAAAAAAGUUAAAAGUAAGUAAAUAAAUUGUAUAUGAAUCUAACUAUCAAAAUAAGAAUUAAGAUUUGUAAAAGAAAAAUAAUUAAUAAACAAAAAAUAGGCUUGAUCUUAAUAAUUCUAUGUAGGAAGAAAGUGUCUAAAUUUAAACUAUAACUCCUGUUGCUGAUUAAUCUAAUUAUAAUUAUAUUCAUAAUUUAAAAAGAUAUUAUGAACCUUGCUCAAAUUCUAAGCAGCUUAUUUAAAAAUAACAUUAAAAAAAUAAAGAUUUCUAAACCAAAUUUUAUGAAGAUAGUAAGCUGAUAUUUAAUAAAUUAUUCGGUGAUAGCGGAUUAAAAUCUUUAAAAACUGUAAAGCUUAAUUAGUUGAUAAGAAAUGAUGAUUCUUUGAAAAAACUGUUUUCUUGCUGA